ACUACAGGAAAUGGAGAGUUUCUUUUAAUAUGUGUAACUCAAGAGCUGCCAACUCUCAGAGUUUGUACCACAGAAAAGUAAAGAGAAAACUGCAUUUGCUUGAAAAGCUGGAUAAAGGCUAAAAGGGUUUCAUUGUAGAACUGGAUGAUUUUCUAAGACUUGGAUACAGCUCACUGAGACCUACGCAGAACCUGGAUGCUUCACCAUGUGCUCAGUGUUAAUAGUUUACACUAGUGAGGCCCAGGACUGGGCUUCAUACCUAAAGCUCAUCCUAGAAUCAUCACCUCAUUUCCCCCAGGAUUCUAUUUCCUUCUACCUUGUGGAUGAAGAAAAUUCAGUGCAAGAUGAAGACUAUUACAUUUUCAACACCAGCCAGUGCAUCUUGCUCUUGCUCUCAGUGACAUUUUUAGAUAUUCAAAGUCAACCAGAGAUGCGGAACACCCUGAAGAAGUUUCUUUAUCCACCCAGUAAAAUCGUCGCGUUUUUGUGCGGCAUCUCUGAAGACGAUGGUUUAGGUGAUUAUUUUGAACACUGGAAUAUUUGGAGAAAGCUCGAUUCAGAUGAUGAGCCAGCACUUUAUGUUUCCACAGUCUAUAAAGUUGUUGAGGAAGAAAACAUGAUUAACCUUGAGGACAAAGAGGCUACUGAAAAUAAUUUCCCAUCACCACAACAAAGUAUGGACCAGCCUGAUUCAGAAGAACCUCAUCAGCUCCCUUCAGACCAGUUCCACACACCAGAGAAUGAGGUGGAUGUUUCAGAUGAAAACUUGACUCAAACUAGGAGUGUAUCUGCAUCAGAAGAACAGAAAGCAUGCCUUUCUGUCCAACCUAACAGAAUCCUCUGUGGGACCCCAGUGGAUAUUUAUAUAAUUACAGCAAACAAGUUGGAUAGUCUGGACAGCAUUGAAGUGGAGUUUCAUUCUGAAUGUUCAACAAAAUGUGUGCCAGGAACUGCAGUAAACGAAUAUAUUGUUACACUUCAGUCACCUGAUAUGCCAAGUGGGGAAGUUACUCUGCAUCUUUAUAUUAAUGAGACGAUUGUGUGCUCAACAAACGUGACAUACUACACAGAAAUGGAGGAAAUUAGCAAUUAUCUGGAGAAAGUGAUGGACCCUGUGCAUUUUAUGUGUCAGGCAUUCAGUAUUACAUCAAAUGCAUCUGAGGCAUUGGAUAAGUUGUUUACAGAUUCUCUCAAAAAGCAGAUGCCUCCAAAUGGACUAAAAGUAUUUGGAAAUAAUCAGAUUGAAGAGAUGGUUUCAAAUCAUCAGGAUGUGGAACUCCCGACAUUACUUCAUUUCUCGGCAAAGUACGGAUUAAAAAAGCUGACAAGCACAUUGCUGCAAUGUCCUGGGGCCCUUCAGGCCUACAGCAUGGCAAACAAGAAUGGGGAUUACCCAAAUACACUGGCCGAGAGAAGUGGUUUUCCUGAUUUGAGACAGUUCAUGGAUGACUUUUUCGAGACCGUAGACUUGGUCAAGACUCACAUAGAGGAAUCCAUGACAAGUCCAGUAGAUGAGGACAUUUAUGAACCAAUGGCAAAUGCAUCUCAAGAUUUCGUUGCCAAGUUUUCUCUUCAAGAAGACAUAUACGAGUCCAUGAUGCAACUCAAUCCUGACAUGCAGCUGUAUGAGGACCUGGGGAGUUUGGACAGUUCUUUUAAUGAGUCGCAAUCAGAAGACGCUGUGUUGAGAAAGUUUUUCGAAGCCAACAGAUCGAAGGAUUGUGAGACAGAAGCGCUCGUAAAUGAUACAUACUCUGGUAGAAGGUUGGAUGAGACAGAAGAUGAAAACAUAGAAUUCAAUGUGGAAAACUAUGAUGAGGAAGAUGAAGAAGACCCAUAUAAGCUCUGCUAUCCAGAUGAAAUUUACGACACCAUAGAUGACGAAGAAUCUGCCAUAAUGAAUCGUCCACCAGCCCCGAUACCUCGAACAAACACCUCCUCAGAGCCCGAGGAAUGCAAAACCUAUAUUUCAACAGUUUUUUGCUCCAAGAACUCACUGUACUCAGAAAGCAAAGAGGACGAGUAUCGUCAAGUGAGGCCAGUGCCAGAGCGAAUGCUCAGCAGUACCCAUGAUCCCUAUGCUGGCAUGAAGACCCCAGGUCAGAGGCAGCUCAUCUCCCUGCAGGAAAGGGUAAAGGUGGGAGCGAUCACUGUGGAGGAGGCAGUGCAGGAGUUUAAAGCCUGGCAGUUUGACCAGGAAAAACGAUCCCAGUCAGUCCGCUAUCAGCAGGAAAACUUACAAAAAUUACGAGACAGCAUCGUCCGACGUAAAAAAGGAAAAGGUGGAAAAGACAUAGAUCUGGAUAUAACUGCUCCAAUGCAGAGGAACCUGCGCUGGGGCUCUCAAAUGAAUGUUGAAUGUUCAGUAUAUGAACCAUCUCCUCGCUCCAUCACCCAACACCCGUCUGUAAACAGACCACCACAGAGAGGAACCUGGCAUACAGGAAGUACAUCCAGCACAUCUAGCAGUGGCAGCAACAGGCUGAGCACGCUAAGCACCGUCAGCAACAGCAGUGGCCCUGAAGGCGAGACAGAGGAUCCUCAGGAUGUUCCUCCUCCACCUCGCCCGCCCCGCUCAGCAGCUGAAGCUCCGCCCAUACUCCCUCCUCCUAGAAUCCCACCUCGGAUCCCAGAGAGCAUGUUAAAUGAGCGUUAUGUCUCAACUCCAUCUCGUCACAUGCCCCCUCACAGACCCAUUCCACCUCCACCCAUAGCACGAAGGCCGCGGUGAUCACUUCUUCUCACAUGGAUCGUGUUUACUGUUGACACCUCUACGAACUCAAAUGUGUCAAAGACUUCCACAAUGAAGAAGGCUAAAGCCUACCAUCUGGUGGCCGUGAGUUUUAAAGUACAGCUGGAAGACUACUGCAGUGAAAGACCUGGGUUUGUGUUGCUCAGAAAGGCCUUGGUGUUACUUUUGUCUUUUGUUAUUGUUCUUCAAUAGCACAAAUUAUGCCAAAAAUUCAGAGCAAUUUAAAACAACUUUACUUGUCUAAUUGAUCAUAACAUGUUGUUAAACUGAUCACUGGUUCUGCUUUGAUUAAAUCAUUUUUCAUAUGCAGCCUUAGAAAACUAGGACCUUCAGGUUGUUUAUUCAGGUUGUUUUAGAAGCAGUACACAAUGUUUUAAUCCAGUCGAAUCAACGCGUUUAUAAAGCCGCAAAAUCUAUUUUUGUUUUGGUUUGUAUUUAUUAAUAGUCCUAUAUUAAGCUUUAACUUCUAACCAGAAAUGUUUCUGUCUUUAUGACUUUGAAACUAAGCAGAAACUGAAAAUGAAAUUGAUGAUCGUAACAACUGGAAGCUGAUUUAUCGUUAGUGUCUGCUAGUCUGUACAACAUCAUUCAGAUAUAACUUCAUACUUAAAGAUUUUCUUUCCGGAAAGAAAAAUGUGAAGAAAUCUAUAUGAAGCAGAAACAAUACAUGAAGGUCAUGUUAUUUUUCUAAGAUAUUAAAAAUGUAAACAACU